CGCUGUUUGAGUCACACUUUCUCUGAGUUUGUCAGAAAAAUCUAGUAAAAAUUAACCAUGUCAGGAAGAGGCAAAACCGGCGGAAAAGCCCGCGCUAAGGCAAAGACUCGCUCCUCUCGUGCUGGACUACAGUUCCCCGUCGGUCGUGUUCACAGGCUGCUGCGCAAAGGCAACUACGCUCACCGUGUGGGUGCCGGCGCCCCCGUCUACCUGGCCGCUGUGCUCGAGUACCUGACCGCUGAGAUCCUGGAGCUGGCUGGAAACGCCGCCCGCGACAACAAGAAGAGCCGUAUCAUCCCCCGCCACCUGCAGCUGGCCGUCCGCAACGACGAGGAGCUCAACAAACUCCUGGGCGGAGUGACCAUCGCUCAGGGCGGCGUGCUGCCCAACAUCCAGGCUGUUCUUCUGCCCAAGAAGACCGAGAAGCCCGCCAAGUCCAAGUAAACCACAACAACUCCACAAACAAAAGGCUCUUUUAAGAGCCACACACUCACUCUGAGAAACUGCUCAUCCUCCUCUUUAAAAUACAGUAAAACCGUCAGUGUCUCUAAAAAUAUGAAGAUCAUAAACUUCACAAAGUACAUAAAGCUUGCAUUUUGAACUUUAUAAUUAACUUUGUAAUUAGUCUUGUCUAAUAUUGUAAUUUUAAACAUAACGUUAAAUAUCCUGUCAAGAUAUUAAAACCGAAUGUACACAAGGAAUAACAGCCAGAUAAUGUAGAUAAUACAAUCGACAAUAAAGACUUCUUUCAAUUUGAUUAUA